UCAGCGAGUACUGGGUUGUGUCUGCUGCUCACUGCUACAUGUCACGUGUGGAGGUCCGUUUGGGCGAGCACAACAUCGUAGUAAAUGAGGGAUCUGAGCAGUUCAUCUCCUCUGAGAAGGUCAUCCGUCACCCCAACUUUGACUCCUGGAUCCUUGACAGUGACAUCAUGCUGAUCAAGCUUAGCAAGCCCGCUACCCUCAAUCAGUACGUGCAGACUGUGGCCCUGCCCAAUGGCUGUGCCGCCGAUGGCACUAUGUGCAGUGUUACUGGCUGGGGAAACACCAUGAGUUCCACUGCUGAUUCCAACAAGCUUCAGUGUCUGGAGAUCCCCAUCCUGUCCGACAGCGACUGCAACAACUCCUACCCUGGUAUGAUCACCGAUACCAUGUUCUGCGCUGGAUACCUGGAGGGAGGAAAGGACUCUUGCCAGGGUGACUCUGGUGGCCCUGUGGUGUGCAAUGGUGAGCUGCAGGGUAUUGUGUCCUGGGGUUAUGGCUGUGCUGAGAAGGAUCAUCCUGGUGUCUAUGGCAAGGUCUGCAUGUUCAGCCAAUGGAUCGCCGACACCAUGAGUAACAACUAAAGCUGAUACAAAAUCACAU